AUGCCGCGCUCGAAGGGAAAGAUGCAGAAAUCGUCCAUCAAGCUGGGCGCCCGGAUUGACAAGGAAGUGAAAGGCGCAUCCGGUGAACGGAUUCAGGCGCAAACCUUGGAUUUCCGGUCGGCUGCCGCGAUUCCUGAGUUCACUUUGGCAGAUCCUUUGGCCCAUGCCAGCGGCAAAAGGGUGGCUACGAACAGCGGCAUGAAGACCACUUUUGCAGCUGAGUCUUCGCUGAACGUCGCUCGGCGAAUCAAAAUGGCUUGCGUGCCUCUCGGAUGUGUGGUUGAGGAUGAUGCGGCUGUGGCAGAGGAGCUCUCAAUUCAGACGCUGGAUCUGUCGUCACGCAGCAGGCAGCUGAUGCCCCGGCGACCGGCCUGGUCCUACGAAAUCAGCAGCGGACGCCUUCAUCACCGGGAGGCUCAGAGCUUCAAGAAGUGGCUGGACGACGUUCAGGAGAUGAUCCAGGAAAGAGGAGGCUAUCCACCAGCCUAUGAAACAAAUCUUCAAGUCUGGCGGCAGCUCUGGCGCGUUCUUGAGCGAUGCUAUGUUGCGGUGGCUGUCCUGGAUGCGCGGCAUCCGCUUCUCCACUUGCCGCCAGCGUUAGUGUACCACGUUAGCCGAACGCUGCGCAAGCCGCUUGUGGUUGUCCUGAACAAGCUUGAUGCUGUGGAGCCAGAGAACGCAGUCAGUUGGGCCAAGGCUCUUUCUAAAGUCCCGGGCAUCUCUGCCAUCACUGGAUUUUCGAAAGAAGAGCUGCACGCGAGAGCGUUUGGCGACUUUCGCUUCG